UAGCACCCUUCCCGAAAUUUGCGUCUCGGCUGUCAAUGGCGAGCUUGCUUCGGAAAAGUCUUGCUUAACGGGAGAUGCAGCAGCAGUUCCCGAGUCUCCUCGUGUUGGGGAACCCGAGGGCGGUACUACUACUACUGCUACUGCUACUACGACGACGUUUCUUGCUCCGAUUUUGACGUUGUUGAUUUUGGCGUCACUCGUCCGAAAUCGUCAAUGUCGACAAUAUGAAUUUGAGCGGCUCCGAAUUGAUCGGAGCCCGGGCCGGGCCAGAGAAGAGGAACCUUGCAAGAAAAUUGCUGGGCGACACGACUCAUAUAUCAAAAUAAAUCAUAUAGUAAAGCGACAAGAACAACAACAUCAACAUCACCAACAUCACGAAAAUCCAAACGAUCAUUAUAUUUCUUCCCACAGUGCAGUCCUGAUGGCCGACGCACUGCUCACGUACUUCCGCGUGAAUUUGCCAGAAGAGAUCGUCGUCCACAUUCAAGCCUACCUGGAACAGCUGGAACAUGGCGACUACGAAGGCGUCCUGCGAAGUCCCGAAGCUCGACUGUUGCUGGGUCAUGAACAGAACGAGCAGCUGAAGUCUGUUCAGCGGAACGAGUUUGCCACAUGGAGUGAUUUUGUCUUCCAUCGACUCAGCGUCUUUUUGGCCGAUCGAGACCGAGCGAAAUUGCAGGCCAUUGCCUUCUGCAUCGCCUACGCUGCUCUAUUGGCCUUUGUCCAGUCGAAUGUGACUGGUCCUCCGCUGCCAUUCCGUGCUGCAGACAUUCUUCUGCCAUCCGAAGUGGCCACAGAUCGACAGCAGACUCAUCACGUGCGGCAGAAACUGCUCGCCGGUCUCACUGUCGAUGGCAUUGCAGCCUACAAGCUCACCCCGAACAUCGAACUCUUGUGCGUUGCCGACGCCAUUGUAACGAACCCAGCCGUUCUCAAGAACAUCAAAGCCGCCAGAUGGGCCAAGUUGCGCACUGCUUUCUUCCACCAACGCCUUCUCUCCGAAGUCUCGUCGACACUGCAAGAAGUCAUCUACGACGAUCUGGGCCUGCUCGAAGACGAUCUCAAUGUGGCCAAGGACGCCAGCCUACACGUCGAGUUCUUGCUGGAACGCGCGAGCAUCCACGUGCAUCACGGACUGGACAAGUUUGCACGGGCAGACUUGGAGAAAGCCAAAUUGGAACAUCAUUUUCAAUUCGCUCUUGUAGGCAUGCUGGGCAAGCGAACCAAAUACCAGCAAAAAGAUGUCAGCCAACUGGUCGUGCUUGCUAAAAGUGCGACUGAUGGUAAUUCUAUCCCAGACCAACCUGCCAAUGAUGAUGCACCGCAGACCAAGCCAGAGAAUCUGGACCUGAACGAUGACACCUUGCUCGAGAGCAUAUCGUUCACCAAGGACAAGCCCAGUGACGAGUCACUCACGGAAAUGCAGAAUCUGGAGGCCCUCCCUCGUGUACUACAAGAGUUGGACCCGGGAAAUCAACCGAAACUGCAGCCGCUGGACUCUGCAAUGCUCUUACUGGUCGCCUCAUCAAUCACAAACACAUCGCCUCAGAAUGGCCUCACUCGUGAGGAAACGCUCCCGUAUGCGACACGAGUGCUCGAUGGAGGGAGCUCAAAUUGGCAGAUUUAUACUCAAGCUCUCCUCGUGCGAAGCAGGAUAGAAGGCUACAAAUCACGAACGAUCGAGCGUGGCUUACUGCAGCUGCAAGCACUGGUCGACCAGGUCAUCGCAGAAACUACGGCUGAAGGCUCUUCUGCCAAGGAGGACUCCGACAAGCCCGCGACGACAUCAACUUUCCUACCCAAGGCCAAGGAGAGCGAAAGUGCGCCUGUCACAGAGCGUUUGCGAUACAUCUUCCAGCUUGCUACACCGACCAGAUGGGAGCUCGAGGCUGAAUUAGCCGCUCGAUGGGUACAGCUCGGAGGUCUUCGAUCAGCACUCGAGAUCUACGAACGUCUUGAAAUGUGGGCGGAGGCGGCACUCUGCUGGGCUGGAACGGAGCGAGAAGACAAGGCCAAACGUGUCGUGCGUCGCCAGCUCUUCCACGCGACCAAUGGAGGUCCGGGAGACUCCGAGAUCGAUGCGAGCGAGGAUGAGGAAUGGCAGGGUGCUGCGCGAGAUCCUGCGCCUCUCGACGCUCCACGGCUCUACUGCAUUCUCGGUGACAUUGACCAGUCCAUUGCGUAUUAUGAGAAGGCGUGGGAAGUCUCCCAUGAGCGCUACGCUCGCGCGCAAAGAUCGAUUGGCCGCCACUUUCUCGCUGCGAAAGACAUGCUUCGAGCAGCAGAAGCGUACAGCAAGAGUCUUCGCGUCAACCAGCUCAACCACCAAUCCUGGUUCGCGCUGGGAUGCGCUCUGCUGGAGCUGGCACAAUUUAAGCGUGCAGUUGAAGCCUUCUCUCGCUGCGUCCAACUGGAUGAAACAGAUGCUGAAGCCUGGAGCAAUUUGGCAGCCGCACUCCUUCGAACAGACGAAGAUGAAUCUGAGCCUACAUCCGCAGACGCCCAACAAAAACAACAGUCAAUCAAACUUGACGAUGAAGAGGACGAUGAAUCUCCCACAUCUCAUCACCAACCCUCCAAAGAAACCGCCCUCCUCGAAAAACGCCAAGCCAUCCGCCUCGACGCCCUCAAAGCCCUCAAACGCGCCGCCUCUCUCAAACACGAAUCGCACCGCAUCUGGGAAAACGUCCUCAUCGUCGCCGCCUCCGUCCGUCCGCCCUCCUAUCAAGACAUUCUCACGGCCCAACGCCAAAUCAUCCAACUCCGCGGUCCCACGGACGGAGAAAAAUGCAUCGACAUUCCCAUCUUGACGACUCUCGUCACUCACAUUAUCAUUUCUUCUUCUUCUUCUUCCUCCUCCCACGACAAGGCAGGAGGAGGAGGAGGAGAAGGAGGAGGGUACUACGACCCCAGCAAACCCGGCCUGGCACGCAUGACAGUCAAAUUCAUCGACGAAGCCGUCAUCCCUCUGAUCACAAGCUCAGCAGAACUCUGGCAAUUAGUGGCGAAAUUGGCAUUGUGGAGGAGGAAACCCGGCACGGCGCUCGAUGCGGAAGAGAAGGCGUGGAGGACGGUGACGAAUCAACCGGGGUGGGAGAGUCAGGGCAACGAGAAGGCUUGGGAUGCCGUGGUGGAAGCGACGGUGAGAUUGUGUGAUGCUUAUGAGAGUUUGGGACCUCAAGAGCGGACCGAGGGCAUGGCGGCGGGUUCGGGAGAGGUGGUAAUGAAGGAUUGGAAAUUCAAGGCGAGGAGUGCGGUGAGGGGGAUUAUGGGCAGGGGGAAAGAAUGUUGGGAGGGGACGGAGGGGUGGGAGAGGUUAAAAGGGGCGAUGGAGGAGUUGCGAAGGUGA